AUGGCAAGCGCGCUGCAGAUGCAAAGAUCAAAGAGGUCUGGGACAAACAAGAAGAACGCUAUCAGCGUGUGCUCCAGAGUGACACCGGAAGAGGCUCUGAAGAUCGGUCUCCCCCCUUGCCCAUUGGGGUCAGCAGCGAGGCAAUCACUUCCGCGAGAGCAAACACGACGUCUCAGUUCACCUGCAACUCAAUUCGUAUCUGCGGGCCGAUAUGAAAUUCCCCUUUCCUCCACUGCACAAUUGCGUCCAAGACAGGGGUCGUCAACCAACCCAAUCAACCUUGAUAGAGAUGAGGCACCUCGCAAUCCGGUUUCCUCCGGCGCUGCUGUGAACUCGAACACCAACGCCGUGCAGAACAAGUCCAACAUGGCAAUUGGCCAAAGAGCCAUACGCACGGAAGCGGAAUUCAUGGCAGAAUGGAAGCAAAAGAAGGGUUGGGAUGACUUGAAUGAUAAUCAGAGAGAAGCAUGCUUGACGGUGGCGAAAGCCAUUUAUGGCCUAUACCGGGAUACGAUUGCCCAAAAUAUGGAACCCCAAGGCUCGGUCAAUACUCCGAUUGGCCAACGACCAGGAGUAGCCGUCGCCGCCCAUUGA